AUGGCUGUACGUUGGAACGGCCUCAUGAAUCUUGGCUCCUUCGCAUCUAACCCAGACCUCAAUUGGCCCUUCCAUAUGACCCCACUCGUGCGUCUUCAAGGACCCAGUGAAGAAACAGGUUGCAAUAUUGUGGCCAAAAUUGAGAGCAUGCAGCCUGGCGGCUCGGUCAAGGAUCGGGCCGCUCUCAUGCUUGUGCACGAUGCCGAAGAGCGAGGCUUGAUCGGCCCCGGUGGUACUGUUGUCGAGGGCACGGCCGGCAACACUGGCAUUGGAUUGGCGCACGUGUGCCAGGCCCGUGGCUACAAAUGCGUCAUCUACAUGCCCAACACGCAGAGCAAAGAAAAGAUUGAUACACUCAAGGCCCUGGGAGCCGACGUGCGCCCCGUACCGGCAGUGGCCUUUUCUGAUCCGGACAACUACAACCACCAGGCGCGCCGCUUUGCUGAAAGCGUGGAAAAUGCCGUCUGGACCAACCAGUUUGAUAACACCGCCAACCGCCGUGCCCAUGAAGUGACCACGGGCCCCGAAAUCUGGGCACAAACGGGAGGCAAAGUGGACGCAUUUACCUGUGCAACCGGUACUGGAGGUACCCUGGCUGGAACAGCUCUCUACCUCAAGCAGCAAAAUGAAAACAUCAAGAUUGUGUUGGCCGAUCCACCGGGCUCUGUUUUGUACAACUAUUUUACUAAUGGCGUCCUUGAGCGCGAGGGUACCGGCAGCGUUACCGAGGCUGACAAGAAGCAUGCCCGUGAUGGACUUCAUCAGACGUUCAAGCUGUUGCAUGAGGAGGGCUUUUGUGUGGGUCUUUCUUCGGGCUUGAACGUGCAAGCCGCCGUCGAAGUGGCCAAACAACUCGGCCCGGGCCACACCGUUGCAACUUUGAUCUGCGAUAGCGGCCUGCGCUAUGCCUCGCGCAUCUUCAAUCGGGAAUGGCUUGAGGCCAAGGAUCAAAAAUCUGAUCUGAAUUUUUUUUGUGAAAAAAGAAAGAACAUCAACAACAAGUUUACACAAACACCACUGAUCAUGGCAGAGGAGCCGAAUCACCGACGACGCCAGCUGCUGGGCUUUGGCGAGGCCAUGGUGCGAUUCGCGCCGCUGUCUGCUGCGGAGGCAGGCGUAGGUGCCUCGGCAGCCUUGCCUGCAGACCCGACGGCUACCGUCAUGCUACGCUCCAUUGGCGGCGAUGAACUCAACGUGACCGUCGCUGCGGCUCAUCUUGCUGCCGAUGGAGAUCCAGCCCCUCAGUGGAUCUCUGUGCUGCCGGAAGGGCCCAUGGGGGACGUUAUUAAUGCGUCGGGCGCCCAGGCCGGCGUCGACACUAGCUUGGUGGUACGCGUCCCCAACGCCGAUGCUGGCAUCUUCACCGUCAUUCCUGAGAUCAAGCAGAAGCUGCAUAAAAUCGCCUCAGGACCCUGCUCUAACUUGCCCGUUGCUGUCGCUCUUCGGUGGAUUUUGACUCGCGGCCCCAAUGCCAAGUGGCUGCACAUGACGGGUAUCACGCCCAUGAUCUCAACGCAAGCGCGCUUGGCUUGGACUCAAGCCAUGCUGGCCGCGUACACGCACGAGGUUCCGGUGAGCAUGGACUUUAACCAUCGACCUCAACUAGGCUCUUUGGAGGAGCUAUGGACCGUCAUGGCCCCGCACGCCAGUCGCUUGCAAAUGCUGAUUCUCAGUGUGCGCAAUCUCGUCGACCUUGCCAACUUGGAGGGUUUGGGCGCCCAUGUACCAUCGAGCGAGACGCCGCUGGAAUCACCGGCCUGGCGACGCCUCCAAGCGGUCCUGCGUGCCCACUGGCGGCUUCAUCGUUUGAUGGUGUGCUACAAGGAUCGCGACGAUCAAGGCCUCCAGCGCCGCUGGAGUGCCAUCGCCGAUGCCCGUGGCGUCCAUACCACCCUCAAGCAGCCAGUUUUCCAUCGCCCAAAAGACGAGUGUGGUGGCGCUAGCCCCGCGUUCUCAUGUUUCAUGCCCGCCGUUUUCCUGUGCAGUCUCGACGAAUUUGAACUGCGCGUCCAUGAGAGCUCUAGUGAGGUGAUGGACCAAGACAUCUUUGCAUCGCGUAUGGUGGAGGUUGCCCGUCGUGGUGACUUGAUGGCAGCGCUCUGCCAAGAGACGAUGGGCGACCAUUCACAGGUCACGCGUGCGCAACUGCAAGACGUCGAAGCCUCCUACGCAAGCCGCGCUGUUCAUCUGGAUAAACUCAACAGCGGAACGGGCAAUGUCGAUGCCACGUUGGCGCACCUGAAAAACGCCGGCGUCCUGGCGAUUCUACGCGCCAAGAACCCUGAUGCCGCCAUUGCGCGUGGCAUUGAGCUCGUGGAGCUGGGCUGUCGAGCUCUUGAGGUUACACUGGAUACGACCGAGUGGCGCCGCGUACUACAGACCUUGGUGGAAAAGCUUCCGGCCAACGUCUGCGUGGGGGUCGGCACUGUCAUGGAUGCAGAUGUGCCUCUCUUGCCCGAGAUUGCUCGCCUCGGGGCCAAGUUUGCACUCUCUCCGAUCGACCCGUUGGGCUUCAUUGAUGCCUGUCAUCGGGUGGGCAUCCUGGCGGUGCCUGCCGGCAUGACGUCAAACGAGCUCUGGGACAUGCAUCGACGUGGAGCCAAGCUCAUCAAGCUUUUUCAUGCCAGCAUGGUUACACCCAAGAUUCUCAAGUCGAUGCUGGGCGUGAGUCCCCUCAAGGCCAUGAACAUUGCACCUUCUGGCGGCUGCUCUCCGGACAAUGUGGAGGAGUGGUGGGACGCCGGGGCCGUGUGUGUGGGCAUGGGCUCCAAUUUGGCCGGCAAAGACAUCAAUUUCGCCACCGGCACAGAUGGUUUUGAAGCGGGCCAAAAGGCCUGGCGCGAGCAUGGACGGCAAGCAGCGCAAUCAAUGUUUUCCCGGGUGCAAGCGCGCUUCCCAUUGGCCUCGUCCUAA